AGCGACCCCGGAGAUAGCGUUGGCGUGCUGGUUUCCAGGCAACUGGAGUAAACAGGCUGUGCGCGGCGGCCGGAGGCCCAGGCACUGAAUGGCUCAGCUGCAACUGGCUGUGUGUCCACCUGUGGAUUCUAUGGUGGCAGCUCCCAGUCUUCCAUUAACAGGGCAGAAGAGAUACUAUCCCAAGGCCCUUGGGCACCAGUCCCAGCUAGAACACCUGAAGAACAACUUCCAGCAACAGCUCUUGCGUGACAAGGAGGAGAAACUGAAGGAUCUUUGCAUCUGCAAAAGCCGGAGUUAUUCCUGCUCUCUCUCUUCUGGGAGCAGCCAGCAGGACUCUGGACAGGGAGGCUUCUACUCUGCUGGACCCCAUAGCAGGUAUCUCACCAGCCAGACCAGUAUUUUGCCCUCCAAGUGGGCAGCCAGGCGGAGAGAAGGGGUGGAUCGAUCCUACCCUCUGAAACCAGUCUUUCACCGCAAGGCUGAGAGCAUUCCAGUGGUCAGCACAAGUCAGCUCAGGAGCUCGCCACCCAUGGCUGAACCUCCCAGCAAUAACGAUAGCUCAAAGAAAAGAGGGAAGUUGCCAGCAGCCAGGGCCCAGCCAGCUGUAUUGCCAUCUUCUUUGGCAGCAGAGCAGCAUAAGCAGUCAGCCACCCAUCCAAGCAGAGCAGAUUUGGGUUACAUCCAAAGGCUGGAGGCAGCAGGGCAGAGCCUGGAGGAGGAGAUCCGGAGGAAAGAGGUCCUCCUCAGGGAGAAGCUGAGGAGAACAGAGGAGGAACUCAGGAGGAUCCAGAGAGAGAAGCAGCAGGUGGAGGUGGAAGAGAGAAAGGAGAGAGAGGGUCUGAGGAUGCAAGAGAAGAAAGCAGCAGGGCUUUCUGGGGGGAACAUUUUCAGGGCUACAGCCAGGCCCAGUGAGGGGGACUGUGGUUGGGAGCAGUCUCCAGAGGGUGCCAUGCCCGUGCCAAACAAUACCCACCUUCCCCAUGUGCAGGGCAUAGAGAGACUCAAGAAGGGGCGGCUGGUGGCCAGCAACAGCAAAAUUCAAGAGCACAUGGCUUUGGAGAGCAUGGCCUCCUGUUCAAAGUUGGUCAUGAAACACAGCCAGGGUCCACCUGCAGCAGCCUCCUCAGAACAAGAUCCUGCAGCAGAACUGUUGCAUUCACAGGGUCCCAUUGGCAGGGAGCAGGGGGAGCUAGGAGAGUGUGGCUUCUGUGGGCGUAAGUUUCUUCACCUCCGGCUGGAAAAGCACAUGAAUGUUUGCAGCAAGAGCCAAGGCUCCAAAAGGAAAGUAUUUGACUCAAGCAUGGCGAGAGCCAGGGGAACCGAGCUGGAGCAAUAUCAGCACUGGAAGGGCAAAAACCCCACCCAGAAUGAGCCACCCAAGAACAACUGGAGACAAAAGCAUGAGUCUUUCAUCCGGACCCUGCGCCAGGCCCGUGAAAUGCAGCAUGUGAUCUCCAAAGGGGGGAAGCUCUCAGACCUGCCCCCACUGCCCCCUGUAGAGAACCCAGACUAUAUCUCCUGCCCCCACUGCAACCGCCGCUUUGCACCCAAGGUGGCUGAGAGACAUAUUCCCAAGUGCAAAACCAUCAAGAACCGACCCCCCCCACCACCACAAAGGAGACGUUAAGGAUGACACACUGCAGUGAAUCCCAGCUCUCUCUCUCAAAGUGGCUUCCAUCUAGAGCAAGCUUUGUGUUCUCACCAUCCCCCAAGCAGACUGCUAACUUUUAAGAUAUCCCCAUGUAAAGUGAGUAAGGAGCUCAGGCCCCAUGAACAGAAUACUAAAGUGCUUGUACUUUGA